GGACGACUCCGGAUCGCCGGAGCCCCGCCUUUCUCUUGGGGGAGGAGCCUUGUAGUAACCACGCCCCCAGGCCCUGCUUAGGGGAAGCUAUGCCUUCGCGGUGGGCAGCAAUGCCCAGGUGAGCCGCGGGCAGCGGUGUGCUUGAAACCCUUUUGCGGCCUGCUCUGCAGCCCUGCUGGGGAGGAUUCGAACCCGCUUCGGAUAUAUUAGGAAGGUGUGAUUUGCAAAGCCAAUUAUGAAGACAUUUGUCAUCGGAAUUGGUGGCGUGACAAAUGGAGGAAAGACAACGCUGGCGAAGAACUUGCAGAGACGCCUUCCCAACUGCAGCGUGAUAUCUCAGGAUGCCUUCUUCAAGCCAGAGUCUGAGAUAGACAUAGAUGAAAAUGGUUUUUUGCAGUAUGAUGUGCUUGAAGCACUUAACAUGGAAAAAAUGAUGUCAGCCAUUUCCUGUUGGAUGGAAAACCCAGGAAGCUCUGAGGGGCCAGCAGCCUUGGAAAGUGCUCAAGGGGUUCCCGUCUUAAUUAUCGAAGGUUUCCUUCUCUUUAAUUAUAAGCCUCUGGACACCAUAUGGAACAGAAGCUACUUCCUGACCGUUCCGUAUGAAGAAUGUAAGAGGAGGAGGAGCACCAGGGUAUAUGAGCCUCCAGACCCCCCAGGGUACUUCGAUGGCCAUGUGUGGCCUAUGUACCUAAAGCACAGACAGGAGAUGAACUCCUCUGUCACCCGGAACAUUGUCUACCUGGAUGGAACAAAGUCUGAGGAGGACCUCUUCUCUCAGGUGUAUGAGGAUGUCAAGGAAGAACUAGAGAAGCAAAAUGGUGUAUGACAACAUCACAUAGAUGGAGUACAGCAAGUUCCCGGGAUGGUUCGGAGAUGUGAAGGGAUAUUUUGAAGAACAUUAACAGGGAUGCAGUAUGCAGGGGUGCAGUAUGUCCUGCAGGGCAUUGACAGCUCGUCUGUAUGUUCAUUUUUAAUCACCCUUUUGCCAUCACACAGAGCCAUGUGUGCCCAUGCCAUCAGAGAGGAUCCUCUCCUGAAAGCAAGAGUGCCUUGAUCUCACUCUGCAGGAGUCACAGCAUAGUUUAUGCACCAAGGGUCAGUUCCUCUACAGGAACAAAAACCAAAAGCUCCUGACUGUCGCCUGGCACAGGAAGACCGUUGCCGUCGAGGCCAACAAUGUGAGCUAUGCUGUGUAUAUAUCUGCAGUUGGGUGUAUAGUUGUAUGUCCAAGUUUGUACGCAUAUUUAUGUAUGUAUAAAUGCACCCCAAUACUACAAAAUGAACCUUGUAUACUACACACACUGGUUUUUCCAAGUUUUCAUUUUGUUCAUAUUGAUUAUAAUAUAUAAUUUGAAAAAUGGUCUCAUAGCGAUGCUUUUCACCCCUGCAACCCAAAGUAAUGGUCUCCUGUUGACUGAGUCCGCAGCUUGCUGCAGAGCCGGGACACUGUGCUUGUCGCCACAGGUUCUCCUGUACCUGUCAAAUCCCAUGUGUCUCCAUGAGAUUGUUUUAUAUCCAUAGAAGUGUUUGGUAUGUUUUACUUGGUUUUCUGAAACUAGCACUCUGAAAUACAGAAUUAUGUAGUUUCUUCAGUUAUAUAUAAAACCAGGCCCUUACUCUGAAAAGCACAGGCAGGAGAUGUGAUUUGGAGAAUUUCUUAAUACCUCUUUCAAUGUGGGAGUUAAAAUUAUGAAUAUAUCUAGAGCAGCCCUAAUUCAAAUAUGAAGACUGUGUAUUAAUAAUAAGAAUAAUUGGCCAUGAUCUUCGCAAUUCAUACCAAAUAUAUUAUUACAUUGCCUCGUUUGGUUAGUUGUCAUUAUUUCUUUAUUUCUAGCACUCAUUCAUAAGUGGUGAGUGUUUGGGUUGUACACAUUAUAAGACAUAAACAAAGCACAAGCUCCCAUUACCAGCUACAUAUAUGGUUUUGGCCAAGCUGUUUAAAUAUCAAGCUGAUUUUAAUUAUCCUUGAUUAAAGGGCGAGUUUCAGGACCUUCCCUGUGGCCUUCAAGGCCCUCUCUGAUCUAGCUUCUUUGGCCUCAAUCCCUGUCAAAACUGGGCCAUAUGGUCACUUCUCAGUGUGUGGGCCUGGACAGAGGACAGCAUAAUGACAAGUUCCUGCCAGUCUUGACUAGGCAUUACCUUGGAAUGUUGCCACAGGACAAAGCAAGGAUAUUUUAGUAAGAAAGGUUGGGGAAAUAGGAGCUGAAAAUGUCUCUCAGAACUUCUGUCUGCUUCCCUCUCUAGUCAAGUGCCUGUCAAAAUUGAGCGGCUGUCAUUUGUGGUGUUAUUAUCAUAGUGGAUUUUGUUGUUUUUAGGAUGAAAAUACAAUAUAGAUUUUCUUUUAGAGACACAGCCUCUCACUGUGUAACCUUGGCUGACCUGGCAAUCACUAUGUAGACCAAGCUGGCCUUGAGCUCACAGAGAUCUACCUGCCUCUGCCUCCUGAGUUUGGAGAUUAAAGGUGUGCACAACCAUGCCCUCCUGUAAUGUGCAUGUUUAUGUAGAUAGAUUGUACAUUUUAUGUAUACAGUUUGUUCAGACUUCCUUUUUAGCAUUUCUGAGAUGUCCUCUCCUCCUCGUUACUGCUUGACAGAGAAUCAUUAUACUUGACUUUUUGCUGUUUCAGCAUUUGAAGAAAUAAGGAGAGAAGAACCGGUUGCCUUGCGAGAGACUGUAGUGAGGCUCUGAACAGCGAAAGCUAGAAAUGGAAACACUGUACUAGGUUUGAAAAAACUACUGUCUUUUGCUUCCUACUACCAGUAAAAAAUAAGUCAGAAUUUUAAAAUAAAAUAAAAAA